AUGCUGACUAAGAGUCAAGCCCUCCUUCUAGUUCCCUCUCCUUGGUGGUCCCUCCUCUCUGGCCUUCUUUUGGGGACCGUUCUUGGCUCCUUGGUGGACCCUUCUUUGGUGGACCCUCCUUCCUGGCUCCUUUGUGGACCUUCCUCCCCGGCCUUUGGUGGACCCUCCUCCCUGGCCCCUUUGUGGACCUUCCUCCUGGCCUUCUUUGGUGGACCUUCCUCUCUGACCUCCAUGGCCCCCAUCCCUGGCUUCUUUGGUGGUCCCUCUUUCAUGGUCCCUUCAAGUAUCACUUUCCUAGUUUCUUUCUUGUUUCAUAUCCCACUAUGUAUCACUAUGUAGCACAUGUACUGUAAUACAUUUAUCAAUAAAAUUGGUUUUUGAAAAU